AUGGACAGCCCUACUCCAUAUCUGAACUAUGCUCUGCUUGCCCGGCACAUAGGCCAGGUUGUGCGUGUGCCUUCUUCAAACUCCUUGAUAGAAUUAGAAAGCUGCGAUAAUGGUAAACUCCUGGUUCAUAUCACACCAACGACAGUACUUCCAACCAGCCCCGUCAUAUGUGUUACAGGUCUUGUCCAAAAAGAUUUAUCAUUGCAAGCAAUGGUACUAGAUUCUUUUGGUGAUACCAGCCUUGAUAUGAUGGCGAUGAACAAGCUAGUAGCCGCUAUGCACAAAUUUCCAGCCCCAUUUAUGGUCUAG